UUUUUUUUGAUAAAAAGUUUUUAAAAAAAUGAUAAGUGAUUUUUGAACUUUACAAUUUUGAAUUUGAAGGUUUCAAGACGUUGAGUUUGAAAGCAUCGCGAAAGUUUUGUUUCAAAUGACUUAAUUUCUGUUCCACUUGUAUUAAAAAUGUCUUCGUCGGAAGAAUUUGAAAAAAGUUUGAAAAACAUAUGUAAGGAAUUGACGAAAAGUGAAGACAAAUACAAUCUCGUUUUGACAGAAGAAAAUUAUCCCAAAUUACAAAAUUUACUCACACUAAAUGGAAUGACGUUUACUGUUCGAGACUCUGACUACAGCAAAGAUCCACGUAGGAUUUUAUGGCAUUCUGUUCUAAUUCCGUAUUUCAAUACGCCGUUUUUAAUUGUGAAAACAUCAUCACUGCAUUGUACCAAUGGGCCGAGAUAUUAUGCCAAUAGACCCAGCAAGUCGAAGAGAAGAUCAACGGUUCCAGUACUUCAACAAAACAAUUCUAUGGAUAAUUCGGAACCGCAACAAGUUAAAAAUGUACGAACGAGGAAGAGACAACCAAGCAUGAAAGUCGGCUGUAACGCUUCUAUGAGAGUCAUCGUCAUAAAGACGUUCCCGGAGUACAGUAUCAAAGGAAAUAAAGAUGCAAAAUAUGAAAAAUCGUUGGUGAUGAAACGUCUGAAAGAGACACUAGACAGCAACCCCGCAACAGUUCUUACUGAAAUUCUGUAUCGCAUUUCAUUCAGUACUGCAACAGUUCAUUGUCAUUCGGUGUGGACAAGCUUUACGAUGCAACGCAUAGAUCCGGCAUUGAAAAACGAAAUCCGUAAUCUAGUCGAAAGUGGUAUUACAAAUAUCGAAACUAUCAAAAUACUCUUGAACAAAUGGGUAAAGGAAAACAUAGGAGAUGUGAACAAUUCGGCUCGAGCUUACUGGCCAUCGAAAAAAACCAUACAAAAUCACGUCAUGAAGUACACGUCUCAUGCGUCCAUCUGUGAAGAGAAGGUAGAUUCGAAAAUCAGAAUUGUACAACAAAAAAAUCGACCCAGUGAAAAGACGAAGAAAGAUCGUCAGUCGUCCAGCAUACCAGUAGAGUCGUCAGCGUUGAAUGUUCAGAAGAAAGAUUUCCAGUCGUACAGUAUAACAAUAGAGUCUACUCCGUUGAAUGUUCAGAAGAAAGAUUUCCAGUCGUACAAUAUACCAAUAGAGUCUACGCCGUUGAAUGUUCCUAUUCCUAUAAAUGAAGUUUAUGUGCAAAGCCCUGAAGUAAUUGAAAUUGAAUGUGUGGCUUGUGAUGAUGAUUUUGAGAUGGAAUACUCACCGACUGAAACAUUUGAUUUGACUGAAAGUUCCCCUUCGAGUUCAAAAAUUCGAGAACUUGCGAAAAUUAUCUACGAUCGUUCUUUGCUCUUACCUGAUGAUUAUUCCGAUCCUGAGCUCCGUGAUAAAUUGCGAGAUGUGUUUCAAUUAAUGAAUGAUCACAUUGAUCACGUAGAUCGGAAUCAAAGUGAUGUUAGUUUUCAAAGUUGACGAGUUAAACGGAUUUAAUUUGCGAUUUUUUACUCUUUAAUAUGUAUGUUUUCAAUUCUAUUUUUUUUUCGUUCUUUUUAUUGUCUUGUUU